AUGUGUAGUUUACAACCCUUGGUAGAAAAAGAGGAGGAAGGGAACGGCACCAUGCACCCUGCUGUUCUUUAUCCUAGCGCCCUCGCCAUGUCUCGCCGGUUUACUCCGCCAUCCUUGGGAGAGCUGGCGACAAACGUCGUCGCCACCGUCAUCCUACCCGCCGUCGAAGAGUGCGUACCUCCCGAGGGCAUCGACGGACUCCCGGAACGCAUGAACCCCUUCAUCACCUGCGCGGCCCCGCUCCUCGAGCACCUCAUCGAGCAGGUCCAGCGGAAGAGGGGACCGCACUCCCUCAGCUGCCUCCAGUUCGAGAUCCUCCUGUGCCGCGGAGGCGUCACAAGGCUCGACCUCUUCUUGACGUCCGAGUUCCUGGAGAGCCGCGAGCCGUCCAGGUUCGAGCGCAUAUUCAGCCGCAUCGGCAGAUAUGGCAGCCAGCUCGUGGACCUGUCGCUCGAGUUCUACAUGACGUGCAGCAACGAGGAGCUGUGCGCGAUGCUGAGCAAGCUCCCUAACCUACGUCAUUUCCUAGUCGCGUUUGAGAACCUGACCGACAAGGUCCUUGAGACCCUAGGACAAAGCUGCGAGCAGCUACACAGACUGACGCUGUGCGAGACGCCUCAGAUCACGGACGUGGGACUUCGGUCCCUGGUAGACGAGGCCGGCUCCAGAGGAUGCCUGAACUUGAGUUUCAUCUCCGUGGAGGGAGCUCCUGUCGGUGUCACCGUCAAGAGCAUUGUCUACCUCCUCGAAAGGCUUCCAAACCUGGAGGCCAUCAACCUACCCUCUCUCGACAAGGCGUUGGUGGUGCUGAACGAAAUUAAGCCCACCGAUUUCCGUCUGUCACUCCGAGAGUACAAGGACAUCAACGCGUUCGCCGUGCAGACGUCUGUGAGACCUACCCGGAGAGAGUUCCUGUCCAAGGCCGUAGAACUCUGUCCAAGACUGCGAGCCAUUGAAAUCGAAGUGAAGACGACUGACGAUAUCUCUCCGCUAAGGUUGCUAACGGGGCUGGCGGAACUAACCAUUCGAACAUCCGAGUCCACCUCAGAAUGGUUCUUCUACACGCAGCUUGAGCCGGUGCUCCAGGAAGCGGGUAUCAAAAUGUCGGUCCUCAAACUAGCCAUGCCGGACGUCGACCUAGCCGCCAUAGACACAGCGUGUCCGAACAUCAGAAUGCUGCAGCUCGUUUCUGUCAACAUGUGCUGGAGGAGGAACGGCAUCAAAGUCAGGGAACAGCCAUUUAGUGAACUAGAAGUCCUGUUCGUGCACCCAGAAAGCACUCACUCUCUCAAGACGAGAGACCUGUGCCUCCUCUUCAACUGCUCUUAUGGAAUCAAGGACCUGGCCAUAGGAUUGUGCGACUGUUUCGACGACAUUUUUCUGAUGGAUGCCCUUCAGAGAGGACUACUGAGGAAUCUCAACAGGAUAGAGUUUCACAGCAUGCGAAAGAUCAGCAUCCUGGGGAUCCAGCAGCUGGUGUUGCUCGACGAGCUGCUGGAAUCACUCACGCUCAAAGACUGUACCGCGCUCAGCCCGGAUGAUUUAGCUUUUCUUACCGGAUCUUCGUAUACCCUUAACUUCGAUCUCAAGGUGCAGACAUAG